AGUGGUGUUUCUGUACUCCGGGAAGCAGUAGCUUCUCCGAUCCCAGUCAUGGCUGUCGACUUUACAGCCACGUACAAGGUGCUGGUCAUUGGGGACGUGAACGUAGGGAAGACGUGCCUGGUGCACAGGUUUUGCGACGAGAGAUUCUAUGAUACGUAUAUCUCAACUGUGGGUAUAGACUUCAAACAAAAGAUAGUCAACCUCGAUGGAGUCCCAAUCAAACUACAGAUAUGGGACACGGCCGGAGAGGAGAGGUUUCGGACCCUGACAACGGCGUACUACCGAGGUGCCCAAGGAAUUGUCCUCGUUUAUGAUGUGACAAAUCUUGACUCAUUUAACCACUUGUCUUACUGGUUAAGAAAUAUAGAAGAGAAUGCUUCCCCCGAGGUCGUGAAGGUGUUAGCAGGCAACAAGUGCGAGGUGAGCAGCCAACAGCGAGCAGUCGAGAAGGAGAGAGGACAAAAGUUGGCGGAGAGUUUUGAUAUGCCGUUCUACGAAGUGUCAUGUCGCGGAGACGUCAACGUUCAGGACACAUUCCUCACCCUCGCCCGACUCAUCAGAGACCUGCGACAAAGACGAGCGAGUUUGUUUGAAGAGCGUGAGCGACAGAGUGAUGGUGUGAAGUUAGAUGCAGAACAGAAAGCUGAGAACAGCACCUCAGCUUGUGGUUCUUGCUGAAACCUCAGUGAAGCCUCAACAGACAUCAGCCCUUAUACAUCAUGCUCAGACAACCAUUUCCGCUAGUCACGUUCUGAAUUCUUCCCAUGUCUGCCAUGCAGUUAUCAGACUAAAAAAACUCUUGAGAACUUGCCUUCAGUACCACUUAAAAAACAUCUCCAAUAAAUGCUUCACUGAUAAACUCUGAAUAUAUAUUGUUAUUCUGUCAAUAGCAUUUGCAUACUAAGAUUUCUUAGAAUACAGGUGCUAUUUGCAGUUGCAAUAAUGUCACAUAUUUAGCUGAGUUAUCAACACCUGUUUAUAUUUAGCUGUGAUACCAACACCUAUAUGCAUUUAGCUGAGUUGUCAGCAAUUACAUGUCAGCAACACCUGUGCAUAGGUAGUUUGCCCCUCCCCCCCCAAUAGAUGAUACUAUAUGUUCUUUGUGUGAACUCUUAUAUUUUUUAUUCACAACACUUUUAUUUAAUCAAAAAAUAACAAUGACAAUUUUAACAUAGUGAGGUGAUCAGGUGGAAAUAGUAUGUAUUUGGUGAUUAGUUCUCUAGACAUAUUUCUCGGUUUUGAAAAAAUGUAGACUUAUUGAUUUUGAAAUAGUGUUAGGACAAUGCAGUAUUUACCUUUUAGUAUUAUAUAUAUUUUUUCCUUUUUUGACUACCACUGUGUUAUGCUUAGUUUACUGCAAUGCAGAAUUCGUAGCUGGAAGUAUUUCUUCAAAGAUGCACUAGACAAGACAUGGUUAGUAUGCGUCAUUCAUAGGUAUUGAAGAAUGGGAACAUGUAUGCUAAGGAAGGCUUGAGAAAUACCUAGGUAAGUCUUGUUUUAAAUAGGUGAUAAUUUUAAUGCAGCUGAUACAGAUGUUAAUUCCUUGCUAUACUGACCACCGAUCUUGUUUUCUUGCAGACUUACCAACACCUGUAUGUGGUUAAGGAUCACAAGGAUAAUCAUAAAUAUAUUGGCACUUAACAAUUGCUCUUUAGGAAACAGACUUAGAAAACAGUAUGACACGACAAAUGCCCAUUUACCAGUAGGAAUAUCGGAUAGCGUGAAUACCUAUUUCUAUACAGUGCAGUCAGUACCUGGUAACUGAUAACUGUCAGGCUAUGAAAGACAUUAAGACAAGACGAUGUUUGAGAAAAGUUAGCUUUUGAUUGAGAUUCGGGUCUGGUUAAUUAUACUGGGGAAAGAGAACUAGUAGAGUAUAUACAUCUAUUGAUAGUUUACAAUUAAAAUGAUGCUACAAUACUUCUUUUAAAAAGGAUUCAUUGCCGAACUUUGUAUUGUAAUGCCAGCUUUGCGUUUAUGGUGUUGCUUAAGAAUCAUCAAUAAGCCGGUAUUGCAUCUCCCUCAGAAUGCUCUACAGUUUAUUACCCAGUGCUACGGGUUUGCAGCCGAAGUUAAAGUUAACAGUGAUCAAGAAAUGAUAUCUGUGUGU